AUUUGAAGUAUACUGGCCUGUUUCGUCUGGCCCAAACGUUCCAAUUUAUCAGAGAUUUAAAAAGAAGUGGGAUGAAAUUGACCAAUCAAACUUUACGGCUGGUAUUUGUGACAAAAAAGUUUUGGAAGUAAUAACACCAAUCAAAGAUGAGAUUUUGAAAUUCGUUAAUAAUCAAAUAGAAAUGGAUCAUUGUCGAGACGAUUACCGUGAACUUCUGGAAUUAUCAUUAAUAUUUUUGGGUACUACUACCACAAAUAUUACAUUUAAGCAUCCUGGAGCGGUCCAUCAUGCAAGGUGGAUGGCUAAAGCAAUAUAUAGUUUAAAAAUUUUUUUAUUCAGAAAUGAAUUUCAUCUUACUAAAUCGGAAAUAGAUGGAUUACGAGAACUUUGUUUAUUUAUCAUAAUAUUCUAUUUAAAAGCUUGGUUCACUGCGCCGUGUGCUAUAACAGCACCUAAUAAUGAUUUAACUUUGAUUAAAGAAUUAAUUUCAUAUGAAAGAUUUAAUAAUAGUCUUUCACAGACAUGCUCACAAAAAUUAGCCGAUCAAUUGUGGUAUUUAAACAACGAGCUGUCUGUUUUAUCUCUCUUUGAUAAAAAUGUUUCAGUUGGAACAAAAAAAAGAAUAGUUCAUGCUCUUAAAAACUGUAAAGCCAAUGAAACUACAACAAAUCGCUUUAUAAUAGAUAAGAAAAAUUUAGAGUCAUUAUUAAAUAAAGAUCUUAGUCAAUUUAUGUCUAUGAGAUCGAUUAAUAUAUUUGAAUCGUUUGAUUUGUCGUAUGAGUUCAUUGAUGAGGAUGUUACUUUGUGGCCUCAGAAUCCGAAUUUCUUAGAAAACUUGGAGUAUUUCGGGAAACUUCAAGUUGUGAAUGAUGUAGCAGAACGCGGCGUGGCAUUGAUAGAGCAGUAUAAUCGAUGCUUAACGAAAGAUGAAGAACAGCUUCAAUAUUUGUUGCAAGUAGUGACAGAACAUAGAAAACAAUAUCCUAAUUGCAAUAAAAGUAAUUUUAUAAAACUGUAAUAUUUUCAAGUUGAAAAAUUGUUGUAACAAGUUGUAAAUAUAGUUUUUUGUUAUAAAGAAUU